AUGAAUCCAACAAAAUUGGAAGCAGCAGGAAAAAAAGUCAUAUCGCUGCUUGACCAGAUACACGGGCUGUGGAUAACAGCUCGCGCAGCAACGCAGAGAGAACUGUUCUAUAAGCUGCUCAACGUGUUCGACACGCAAGCGCAAGUAAAUUCUCAAUUACAGCAAAUUGUCAAGUGGCUCGAAAUACCACGCAGCUGCCUCAAUGUUUUCGCGUCCCAAAAAGGACUUGUCGCUGGCAUGGUGACGUUUUGCAAAGGAUCGGCAUCACUUGAUUGCCGCAAUGCAGGCACUGGAAUACUUGUUUCAGAAACGCUCUUGGAGGUGGACAGGAUUGAAUCCAAAGCGAGUUACAUAGUAGUGGUAGAGAAGGAGGCUGUGUUCCAAACGUUGACGGAGCAACAAAUAUGGAAUAUUCUGUUUUUCUGCAUGACGGCGCGGAAGAACAUGAUGGCGGCUCAGUGCGGCUAUGUCGGAGACUUCGACCCCCAUGGAAUCAGCAUUUUCCUGUCAUAUCAGUACGGCAGCUCGGUUUUUGAAGGGAGGUCACUCAGUUGCGUGGAUCUGCACUGGAUUGGCAUGUGCUCUGAGGACCUCGAAAGGCUGCCAGCCGAAACCCGGCUAUCUCUAUCAGGCCGUGACAGGGCACUGCUGCAAAAUUUAUUUGAUCACCCAACCGUCAAAUGCUGCGAGCGUCUGAAGCAGCAGUGCAUAUUUAUGUUACAUCACGAUACAAAAUUUGAGAUUGAGGCCAUUGCCAGUUUAGGCUUGGACUAUCUGGGUCGCUACUACAUCCCUUCGCGAAUCCUCAAGAGAACAUGGAUAUGA